AUGGAAGGUGAAAGACUGUCACUCGCCUAUAAACAUCUCAAAAAAAUUCCGGAAAAAUCGUUAAAAAACUUUGAAGAUAAGCUGAUCCAUCUUGAUUUAAGCCACAACAAGAUCUCCGAUCUUAGAAUCUUGGUACGUUUGAAGCAGCUUAGAAUUCUAAUUCUUGAUCAUAAUCAUAUAAAUUCUCAAAUACAGUUUCCGAGUCAUGAAAUGCUAAACACCCUUUGGGUCAACCAUAAUGAGAUAGAAAAUUUAAGCAUAUUCAUCGAAAAAAUCGCCAAGGCAUUUCCUAACUUGAAAUAUCUGAGCAUGAUGAACAACCAGGCUGCUCCCAGUUACUUUAAUGGUGGCACUUUGUACCAGUAUACAGAUUACAGACAGUACACCAUCAGUCAUCUUCCGAAACUUCUGGCUCUAGAUGAUAUCACCAUUACUGACGAGGAAAGAUUUAAAGCGGAACAGAUUUAUGGCAAGAUAAGGUUUGAUAGCUCAAAGAAAAUGGAUACCCGCGGCUAUAUUGACGCUUGA